AUGACAAUUAGUCCACCAGAACGCGAGAUUAAAACUGUCAAAAUCGUCGUAGAUCGUGACCCGGUACCGACUUCAUUUGAAAAAUGGGCAAAACCUGGACACUUCUCUCGUACACUUGCCAAAGGUCCGGCUACAACAACGUGGGUAUGGGACCUUCACGCAGAUGCACACGACUUCGAUAGUCACACGACUGACCUUGAAGACAUUUCGCGUAAAGUCUUCAGUGCUCACUUUGGACAACUCGGAGUCAUCUUUAUUUGGCUUAGUGGAAUGUACUUCCACGGAGCACGUUUUUCAAACUAUGAAGCAUGGUUAAGUGACCCGACUCACAUUAAGCCAUCUGCACAAGUAGUGUGGCCAAUUGUUGGUCAAGAAAUCUUAAACGGUGACGUUGGAGGAGGAUUCCAAGGAGUACAAAUCACUUCAGGAUUCUUCCAACUUUGGCGUGGAAGUGGAAUCACGAGUGAACUUCAACUUUAUAGUACAGCUAUUGGUGCCCUUAUCUGUGCAGGACUUAUGUUCUUCGCAGGAUGGUGGCACUACCACAAAGCUGCACCGAAGCUUGAGUGGUUCCAAAAUGUAGAAUCAAUGAUGAACCACCACCUUGCUGGUCUUCUUGGACUUGGAAGUCUUGCAUGGGCCGGUCACCAGAUUCACAUUGCAUUACCAGUAAACACUCUUCUUGAUGCUGGGGUAGAUCCAAAAGAGAUUCCACUUCCACAUGAGUUUAUGCUUAACCGUGCUCUCAUGGCUGAGCUUUACCCAAGUUUUGCAAAAGGACUUACACCAUUCUUUACAUUUAACUGGACUGAAUACUCAGAUUUCCUUACUUUCCGUGGAGGAUUAAACCCAGUAACAGGUGGUCUUUGGCUUACUGAUAUGGCUCACCACCACUUAGCAAUUGCUGUUCUUUUCCUUGUUGCUGGUCAUCAGUACCGUACGAACUGGGGAAUUGGGCACAGCAUGAAAGAAAUUCUUGAAGCACACAAAGGGCCUUUCACGGGUGAAGGGCACAAAGGGCUUUACGAAAUUUUAACAACUUCAUGGCACGCACAACUUGCUAUUAACUUAGCACUUAUGGGAUCAUUAUCUAUUAUUGUGUCUCACCACAUGUAUAGUAUGCCUCCAUACCCAUACUUAGCGACUGAUUACGGAACGCAACUUUCACUUUUCACACACCACAUGUGGAUUGGAGGUUUCUGUAUUUGUGGAGCAGCUGCACACGCAGCAAUUUUCAUGGUUCGUGAUUAUGAUCCAGCAACAAACUACAACAAUGUUCUUGAUCGUGUACUUCGUCACCGUGAUGCAAUUAUUUCUCACUUAAACUGGGUUUGUAUUUUCCUUGGAUUCCACAGUUUUGGACUUUAUAUCCACAACGAUACAAUGAGUGCGCUUGGACGUCCGCAGGACAUGUUCUCAGACACAGCAAUUCAACUUCAGCCAAUUUUUGCACAAUUUGUGCAGCACACACAUGCCCUUGCACCUGAACUUACUGCACCUACAGCAGCAGGAAGCACAAGUGCUAGUUGGGGUGGCGACAUCGUAGCUGUUGGUGGAAAGAUUGCAAUGAUGCCAAUUUCACUUGGUACAUCAGACUUUAUGGUUCACCAUAUUCACGCUUUUACUAUUCACGUAACAGUUCUUAUCCUUCUUAAAGGUGUUCUUUUUGCGCGUAGUUCACGUCUUAUCCCAGAUAAGGCAAACCUUGGUUUCCGAUUCCCUUGUGACGGACCAGGACGUGGAGGAACUUGUCAAGUAUCAGCUUGGGACCACGUUUUCUUAGGUCUCUUCUGGAUGUAUAACUCAAUUUCUAUUGUAAUUUUCCACUUUAGCUGGAAGAUGCAAUCAGAUGUUUGGGGAAGUGUAACUGGAAAUGGAGUUUCACACAUUACUGGUGGUAACUUUGCACAAAGUGCAAACACUAUUAACGGAUGGCUUCGUGAUUUCCUUUGGGCACAAUCUUCACAAGUAAUUCAAUCAUACGGAUCUGCGCUCUCAGCAUACGGUCUCAUCUUCUUAGGUGCACACUUUAUCUGGGCUUUUAGUCUCAUGUUCCUUUUCUCAGGGCGUGGGUACUGGCAAGAGCUUAUCGAGUCAAUCGUAUGGGCGCACAACAAACUUAAAGUUGCGCCAGCUAUUCAGCCACGCGCUUUAAGUAUUACGCAGGGACGUGCCGUUGGUGUUGCUCACUACCUUUUAGGUGGUAUCGCAACAACUUGGUCAUUCUUCUUAGCGCGAAUUAUUGCAGUAGGAUAA